AUGACAUUAUCCUUUAUUCGUGCAAUCCGAACCCACACAAACCCCCCAGUCAUGCUUCAUUCUGACAGUAAACAUAUGAUCACACCAGGCACCAAGGAUAUUGCCGGAACCGUUUUGGGCUGUGUUCCGAGAGCAGUCAGCUUCCGGCCAACCCUGCGCCUUGAAGAACGCCGACCAGAUUUACUGCAGCAGCCCCAACAACACGACAGAGAGCCUCGCUCUCUUAACAACCAGCCGAGGUCGUCCGAACGGUGGACGUCCUUGCAACGAGCACCUCUAAUUCAAGAUGGGACAAACGAAGAGAUCUCCGUCUCACGUCAAUGCUAA